AGGGGACGGAGGAGGAGACAUCGGAUCAGCCGGGAGACUUCAAGGUAGGUGGGCGGGCCCGCAGGAAGUGAAGGGGAGCACCGGGGAGCACCGAGCACCCCGGGAGUGGAGAGGGGCACGCGGGCCCGGUCCUCCCACGCACACUCCGGUGACCCGACCGCCCGACGGACGGCCAGACGGACGUCUAAAGGAGCUCACGUACCCGGACACACGAACGAGCAGAGAACAAAGGGCCAAACAUGCUCAGAACCCGCUUCACCUCCUCCUCGCUCACCUCGGCCCUGGUUACCUGCUCAGGUGAGUGGGGUGGGGCCGAGCCAGCCGAAGUUCCGGUCCCGGCUUCCUGCGCGGCUCGGGCCGCAGCUUCCGCCCCGGUGUCCGGUGCGCUGGGGAUCUGCCACCUCCUCCCCCACUAGUUUCUGGUGAAACUGAGUCAACGCGGCCGGGGCGGGGCGGACAUUAACCCCGGCGCCGCCGGCUCCACCCACGCCCGGUGCGCCUGUCCAGCCCCAGCUUCCGGACCGCCUAUCCGCAUCCCCGGGAUCCCCGACCCUUCUCCCUCAGCCUGGUGCCCAAAGGGGCUCCGAGGCUGGGGCGCCCAGCCCCGGGCCUCUGGAUCCACCGAGUCCAGCCUCGCGGGGUUCCCCGCACCCCAGAAGUACACCCCUAUUCCCGGAGGCCCGGACAGGUCAGGAGGACGCUUAAGCGAAGUCAGGCACCCGAGGGUGGGUUGGGCGCUCUGGGGCGGCUGCCUCCGGCCUCCCUUUCCGGUCCGGGGCGGCAUUCCCAGACCCAGGCCUGAGGCGCUUGGGAAGGGGCCGGCGGAGAAGAAAUGGGGGAAAGCCCGAUGCAAAAGAUCUCGCUGUCGUCGUCAGCCCUCAGGAAAUCAUUUCCAUCUUGUGGCCGGAAGAGAUCCCAGAAACUGCGUGGCUGCACCUUUGGUAACUGGAAUCCAGGAUGCCUGCUCCAUCGUCACCACCUUUGCCAGCUCCGGAAGCCCUCCUUUCUGUCAGAAACCAGUUGUGAUGUAAAGAAGUUUGACUACCCUGAGGAAGAGAGAGGCCACCGGAAGAGAGCAAGACCCUGGAGGAUGAGAGACUGUGAAGGGAGAGAGAGGGAUCUGGCUAUCUCACAGUCACCUCAGCUGACUAGCUUCGUGAAGCCAUCCUGCAUCCUUAGCCCCAGUCGACGUGUCCCAACAGAGAUUAGCUACACCUGUGAAGCCCUGCUCAAGUUGCAGAAUUCAUGGCUGGACCUAGUGAUUGGCUUCUGAUGAAUAGAACACAGCAAAAGUCAUGGGAUGUCACGUCCUAGAUUAGGUUACAAAAAGACUGUGACUUGCUCUUGGCUUUCGGAUCGGAGGAGGCCAAGGUGCAAUUUUCUUCGGUCGUCCCGAAUCUGGAUUCAUCCGACACCAGCUACCUCCACCAUGCCGCCUAAGUUCAACCCCAACGAGAUCAAAGUCGUGUACCUGAGGUGCACCGGUGGGGCAGUCAGUGCCACGUCUGCCCUGGCCCCCAAGAUCGGCCCCCUGGGUCUGUCUCCAAAAAAAGUUGGUGAUGACAUCGCCAAGGCAACUGGUGAUUGGAAGGGUCUGAGGAUUACAGUGAAGCUGACCAUUCAGAACCGACAGGCCCAGAUUGAGGUGAUACCUUCUGCCUCUGCCCUGAUCAUCAAAGCCCUCAAGGAAUCACCAAGAGAAAGGAAGAAGCAGAAAAACAUUAAGCACAGUGAAAACAUGACUUUUGAUGAGAUUGUCAACAUUGCCCGACAGAUGCGGCAUCAAUCUUUAGCUAGAGAACUCUCUGGAACCAUUAAAGAGAUCCUGGGGGCCGCCCAGUCUGUGGGCUGCAAUGUUGAUGGCCACCACCCUCACGACAUCAUAGAUGACAUCCACAGUGGUGCGGUGGAAUGCCCAGCUAGUUAAGCACUGCAAAGAAGAAUAAUACAGGGUUAUUUGACAACCAAAAAAAAAAAAGUGUGACUUCCAUCUUGCCUACCCCCCCCCCGCCCCGCCCCGCAGUGCCCUGGCUCUUGUGGAAACCAGCUGCCAUGUGUUGAGUAGCCCUCUAGAGAGCUCCACAUGGCAGGGAACAGAUGUCUGGCCAACGGUCCUGGCCCACACCUGGCUUGCACCCUUCUGAGAAUCCCUGAGCCAGAAAAGCCAGCUAAGCCACCUACUAAAACAGUGAUAUAAUAAAUGCCUACUGUUUUAAGCUGAUAAA